AGAGACACUGUACAGAGUGAGUGAAGAAGAUAGUAAUGGCAGCUGUCUCCAGCCCAUUCUCUUCUCUUUAUAUCCCCUUCACUCUCUUUACUCCCUCCUUAUCCCCUUUCCCACAAAAAUGAACUUCUUCUUAACUUCAUUUCUCCUCUUCACUUCUCUGCAGAAUCUUAUCUUCUCCGCCGCUUCACCCACCGGAAAAAAUGUUCAGACGUUGAACACCAAGUCACAGGAAUACAUUAACCCUAAACUCCCACCCAGAACCUUGUCAUCUUCCAAGAAAUUCGAGGGUUCAUCAGACCUCGUUCACCUCCGAUAUCACAUGGGUCCUGUUCUAUCUUCAUCCCCAAUUAAUAUCUAUCUCAUCUGGUAUGGCCGCUGGCCUUCUUCCCACAAGCUCCUCAUCAAGGAUUUCCUCCUGUCUAUCUCUCCUUCUCCUCCGGCUCCUUCACCAUCCGUAUCCGACUGGUGGGCUACUGUUUCCCUCUACACAGAUCAGACAGGCGCCAAUGUCUCCCGUAACAUCCUAAUCGCCGGCGAGUACAACGACAAGAUCUAUUCCCAUGGAACCCAACUCACGCGGUUAUCCAUCCAGCAAGUUAUAGCUACAGCCGUCAAGUCCGCUCCCUUCCCGGUUGACCACAAGAACGGUGUAUACCUCAUCCUUACAUCACAAGACGUCGUCGUUCAGGACUUCUGUAGAGCUGUCUGCGGCUUCCAUUACUUCACCUUCCCAUCAAUGGUAGGAUACACUCUGCCUUACGCCUGGGUUGGGAACUCCGGCAAGCAGUGUCCGGAGGUCUGCGCUUAUCCGUUCGCCGUGCCGGGUUAUAUGGGAGGAGGAGGGCCUGGAGCGUUGAAUCCGCCGAACGGAGAGGUGGGUGUGGAUGGAAUGAUUAGUGUGAUCGGACAUGAGUUGGCGGAGCUGGCGUCGAACCCGCUGGUGAAUGCGUGGUACGCGGGGGAAGAUCCGACGGCUCCGACGGAGAUUGGGGAUCUGUGCGAGGGACUGUACGGAACGGGAGGAGGAGGUGGAUACAUUGGGCAAGUGAUGAGGGAUAAAGGAGGAAGAAGCUUCAAUUUGAAUGGGAGAAAUGGAAGGAGGUUUUUGGUGCAGUGGAUAUGGAGUUCUGUUUUGAAAGCUUGUGCUGGUCCAAAUGCUUUGGAUUAGCCAGUUUAAUUCAAUCUAUUUGACUUUAAAUUCAGAAGUA